AUGAAUCGACCUACUGGCCCGUCCAUUCACGCUGGCCCGGAUGAAAUGACUCCGGACAAUACGCUGGGAUUUCUUUCCAAAGCACCCCCCGGUACAAGGCUGUCAGUAAAAACAGAAGUAUCUCCUGUUGAUGCUAGUAGAAUGUCCAAGUCUGAGAAAUCCUGCCUUCUGUCCUACUGUACCCAGACGCCUGUCACUGAGCGAAAAACGAGCGUUAGCAACUCGGAUGAAGAAGAGGAGGAAAACGAAUCUACUUCAGGACAGCAGGAAGAGGAGGAGGACGAGGACGAGGGAAAUGAAGAUGUACCAGAUGUCGACUUUACUUCACAAUGGCUAGACCCUCAGGGCCUAGUCAAACAUGUUGCCAGUAAGGGUCUCACCGGACUAAGUGACGAGUAUGCUAUGGUAUGCCGUAUCAAGCCGAAGGACCCCUGCACAGCCUUCCGUCGAUCUCACAACUCCAGCAAAAACCGGUAUGUAGACGUAUCCUGUCUGGAAAAAACUCGCGUUCUUCUGAAAGCCCCCACUCCUCCUCAAUCCAGUACUUCAAGCAAAGCUGGCAAGACUGAAAAGCCGGGCCUUAUUUACAUUCACGCAAAUUGGGUAGACAGCUAUCGGCAGAAGAAUGCCUUCAUCUGCACCCAGGGUAAGCCAGACAAUAUGCAUUUCUGUUGA